AUGUCGGUCAUUUCCACACUGAAGCACCUUAUACAGAGAAGAAACCAAGGUAGAUAGAGUUAUGUCACUUUAGUUUCCGUUACGAUUGGGGCAUCCAAUUUUUAAUUUCAGCCACCUUAUCCUGCUUCGAAUCCCCUCGAGAGGCAUUAUUAUCCGAUGGAGAGAGUAAUAUCCGACUUCAGAGAGAAUUCUUGGCUAGAGUAAACGAUGGCAAAGUGAUGAAAGUGAAGAAGAUUACGCUUACCGAGCCCUUAUUGGGCAAAAAGAGCUUCAAAUUGGAUUAA